GAGCUUGGGCAGAGUGACUUCUCUUCCCUCCUUAUUUUGGUGGCGGAAGAAGUCACUCUGCCCCAACGCUCCACCACACAGUCUCGUCUCUCGCUCGUCUUCAGCCUCGACUCUUAUAGCUUCUCUCUCUCUUUACAGUCACUACUCAUUCUCUCACUCUCUACUUACUGUCUGCCUCUACUCUACUUCUACUCUGCUUCCUCUUCUACUCUGCUUCCUCUUCUACUCUGCUUCCUCUUCUACUCUGCUUCCUCUUCUACUCUACUACUGCCUCUACUCUACUUCCACUUCUAUCUACAAUGUCGGCAAAGAGCAUCUACGAGGCCGACGGCAAGGCCAUCCUCAACUACCAUCUCACCCGCGCCCCCGUCAUCAAGCCCUCGCCGCUGCCGCCAGCAGACACCCACAACCCGCCGCCAAAGCUCGCCUCGCUCGACUUCCCGCCUGACACCGCCGUCGAGGCCGUCCUCGACCAGGCAGAGGCCACCUAUCCCUGGCUGCUCGCUCCCGGCGCCCGCUUCGUCGCAAAGCCCGACCAGCUCAUCAAGCGCCGCGGCAAGAGUGGCCUGCUCGCCCUCAACAAGACCUGGGCUGAGGCCAGAGCAUGGAUUGCCGAGCGGGCAGGCAAGGAGCAGCAGGUAGAGACCGUCGUCGGCGUCCUCAGGCACUUCCUCGUCGAGCCCUUUGUGCCGCACCCGCAGGACACCGAGUACUACAUCAACAUCAACUCCGUCAGAGAGGGCGACUGGAUACUGUUUACGCAUGAAGGCGGCGUGGACGUGGGCGACGUCGACGCCAAAGCUGAGAAGCUGCUCGUCCCCGUCAACCUCAAGCAGUACCCCAGCAACGAGGAGAUCGCGGCCGGCCUGCUCAGCAAGAUACCCAAGGGGCUGCACAACGUCCUCGUCGACUUCAUCACCCGCCUCUACGCCGUCUACGUCGACUGCCAGUUCACCUACCUCGAGAUCAACCCCUUGGUCGUCAUCCCCAACGAGGACAAGACCUCCGCCUCCGUCCACUUCCUCGACCUCGCCGCAAAGCUCGACCAGACCGCCGAGUUCGAGUGCGGCACCAAGUGGGCCAUUGCUCGCUCCCCUGCCGCCCUCGGCCUCGCCGCAACAACUGCGUCGACCUCGUCAAAGGUCACCAUCGACGCCGGCCCGCCCAUGGACUUCCCCGCCCCCUUUGGCCGCGAGAUGAGUAAAGAGGAGAAGUACAUCUCCGACAUGGACGCCAAGACAGGCGCCUCGCUCAAGCUCACCGUCCUCAACGCCAACGGCCGCAUCUGGACCCUCGUCGCCGGUGGUGGUGCCUCCGUCGUCUACGCAGACGCCAUCGCCUCGGCUGGACACGUCUCCGAGCUCGCUAACUACGGCGAGUACUCGGGUGCUCCCACCGAGACCCAGACCUACAACUACGCCCGCACCGUCCUCGACCUCAUGCUCCGUGCCCCGCUGCGGCCCGAGGGUAAGGUCCUCUUCAUCGGCGGCGGCAUUGCCAACUUCACCAACGUAGCCACCACCUUCAAGGGCGUCAUCCGCGCCCUCAGAGAAGUCGCUCCCGUCCUCGUCGAGCACAAGACCCAGAUCUGGGUCCGACGAGCCGGGCCCAACUACCAGGAAGGCCUCAAGAACAUCAAGGCCGUCGGCGAAGAGCUGCAUCUCGACAUGCACGUCUUUGGGCCCGAGAUGCACGUCUCCGGCAUCGUUCCCCUUGCUCUCAGCGGCAAGACCACCGACAUCAAGGAGUUUGGCUCUUGAUUGCCUCUCCCCCUCCUCUGUCGACUUUCCCCCUUCCUGUUACUUAAAAACUUCUCCAUGAUCAAGUGAUGCAUAAUACUAGACAUAAUUCCUCCUCUUCUUCUCCUUCCUCCUUCAUACCGUAGAUUUGAUUCAGCGGCAUAAUACGUAGUAUGUGCAGCCUCAAUAUAAUAAACAAACAGGUGUAGAGACAAGAUUAUUACAUUCUGGCGGUUAAUCUUUCGUUUUGCCGCCGUGAAGUUAAACGAGUCGCGGCAGGCGCUUAAGAUGUUACUAAUUAUAGUAGUUAGCAUGAACUCUAAUUGAACAGAUAUCAUUGGCUGUAACUGUUUAGCUCAGUUAUUGCCUCUACGAUAUUGCAAACAUAGAUGUCCCUAGAGUGUCAUCUACGGGUGAGUGGAGGUCAUUAUCUCACUUCAACCCCCUGAGCCAAAUAAUCUGCACCAACGGAAGGGUACCUCCUUACUGUCUGGGCCUACUCCGACGAGAUAUCUUAUUUGUCUGGGUACAGAGGCCAUCAGCAAGGGGUAUACCAUAUCAGGUUGACGACCACAACCGGCUUGGAGAAUUCCUCAGCUUUUAUCAAUCAAGCUGUCCAGGGCAGUACCUUUGACAACCAUCGCCCCGAACCCUAACUCAAUACU